UGGCAGAAUGAAGCGCGGACUGUAGUGUUUGCGUCAGGCGCGUUAUUCUCCAUCGGAGUACAUACAGAGUUGAGGACAGGCGCACUUGUCCGCUGUGUCUCGGACUCUAUAUGGAGGGAUGUCGGAAUGGCUUGCACCAGGAGAACCAAAACUUUGGUGUCUACGUGUGUGAUACUAAGUGGCAUGACCAACAUAGUGUGUCUUUUGUACGUCGGAUGGGUGACUAAUUACAUUGCUAAUGUGUACAUCAAAGUGCCGAUGCCUGUCCCAGCCCAAAAGUUGGAGGGCGACCGGAAAGGAGAAACUCUGCGGAUUAUAGAGCGACUGGAUCGGCUGGAGAAUGUGGUUAAUCAGCACAUACAAGAGUCCCCGCUGAAAGGAGAUGACAAUCAGCUAGAUCGAUCUUUUUCCGACUCGUCCUUGUUCAACCACUGGGGCCAGGAUCUGGGGCCAGAGAGCCGCAGAGCGGCCCUCAAGAUGUUUCAGUAUUACGGCUACAACGGUUACCUCAGCGACCGCCUCUCCAUGGACAGACCCAUCCCAGACUACAGACCUGAAGGGUGCAAAAACAUGUCUUACCCGUCCAACCUUCCGCAGGUUAGUAUAGUCUUCAUCUUUGUGAACGAGGCACUCUCAGUCAUUCUGCGCUCCAUACAUUCGGCAAUGAACAGAACCCCACGCCACCUACUCAAAGAGAUCAUACUGGUAGAUGACAACAAUGAGUUAAAGGAGAAAUUACAGGACUUUGUCAAGGAGACCAACGCCAAGAAGCCCAGUUUCAUUAAAAUGGUGCGACACAGUAAGCAGGAGGGGCUGAUCCGCUCACGUGUGAGUGGCUGGGGAGCUGCCUCUGCCCCUGUGGUGGCCCUGUUUGACGCCCACGUAGAGUUCAACACUGGCUGGGCUGAGCCUAUUCUCCAAAGGAUCAAAGAAGACAGAACCAGAAUUAUAUCUCCAUCUUUUGACAACAUCAAAUACGACACAUUUGAGAUUGAGGAGUACCCACUCUCCGCUCAGGGCUUUGACUGGGAACUGUGGUGCCGGUAUCUGAACCCACCAAAAUCCUGGUGGAACUUGAAAAACAGCUCUGCUCCAAUCAGGAGUCCGGCCCUGAUUGGCUGCUUUGUGGUGGACAGGGAGUACUUUGCAGAGAUCGGUCUGCUGGAUGAAGGCAUGGAGAUUUACGGAGGAGAGAAUGUGGAGCUGGGCGUGAGGGUGUGGCAGUGUGGAGGAAGUGUGGAGGUGUUGCCCUGUGCCCGUAUCGCCCAUAUUGAGCGCGCCCACAAACCCUACACCGAGGAUCUCACUGCCCAUGUGCGCAGAAAUGCUCUGAGAGUGGCUGAAGUGUGGAUGGAUGAGUUUAAAAGCCACGUCUACAUGGCCUGGAACAUUCCACAAGAGAAUGUAUACUACACCAGCACUCAGCAGUUAUUCGUGGGCAUCUUGAGCCCCACCAUUGACGAUGAUGACAACAAGUGCCUGGUUGAUGUGAACGGCCGACCACGGCUCACUGAGUGCAGCUAUGCAGUGGCUAAACGCAUGAAGCUCCACUGGCAUUUUACUCAGGGAGGCUCCAUCCAGAAUACAAAGUCAAAGCGAUGCCUUGAACUCAUGAAGAACAAUGACAAUGAGUUUGGAUAUCAGCUGAUGCUCCAAAAAUGCACUGGCCAGAACUGGAUCAUAACCAAUAUGAUGCCUGGUAGCACCUUAUGAUGUUACCGUUGAGACUGAAGAAUAUGUGGAUCUGGGUGGACUGCAAUGACGAAUGAUGACAAGCUCAAGCACCUGGAUGUCUCUGACUUUGACAUCAUAUGAUAAAUGUUAAACAUUUUUCCUAGCUACUAUACUUGUGCAUACUGAUAAGCCACAUUUGGCAGAUAUUGCAUUGUGUGUUUAUGAGGUUCUACACUGUACUGAGAUUUAUUUUGUGCAAGGUAUACUUGGUUUUGUCUUGACUUGAAGGUUGUACCGGCUCCAAUGCACACACUGAAGCCAUACUUGCUACUAUGUAGCAAAGCUUUGGCAACAUUCUUGCUGUAUUUCUUUCUAGUGUCUCAGGUUUGUAGGUUGAGAUUAUUUUGAAAUAACUCUGUACAUUUUUGGGACAUGCCAAUAUGUUGGAACAUAUCUAGAUUCAAUCAACUGUUUUAUAUCAACAUGUAUAGUAAAUAUUCUUGGUAUUUAUAAUUAAUGGCAGUAAAAACAACAAAUGCUAAGGCAAUUUGUGAGUUCUGCUGAUCUAAAUUUUU